UUAAUAAAAACGUUUGAUAGUCCAUCGUUUGCAAGAAAAAUGAGAAAAACUAUAUGCGAAUCAAGGAUCCCAAUCGAUACGAUACAAUCGAUUCCUCGAUCGGUGUGUCCAUUGACUUAGACAAUAAACUUUUUCUACUUCCAAUCGUUUUACAAGACUAUCAAACACUAUCGAACGACUAUCAAACGAUUGGAAGUAGAAAAAAUUUGCAAUAUAGUCUAAUUCAACGGAUACACCGAUGGAGGAACCGAUUGUAUCGUAUGGAUUGGGAUCCUUGAUACGCAUAUGAAUAUACCUCUACUAUAGAACAUGGCAAUGUCCAAUGAACUACUACAAAGGAAUGAUUCAAUAUUUGCCACCACUGCCUUCGAUCUAAAGAAUGAAGAGAGUUAUUUAACAACAGGCUGCUCCAAGUUUGACCAAUUUCUCAGAGGUGGAAUUCCUAAAAAAGGCAUUUUGCAAAUCUAUGGAGAAUCUGGUAUAGGAAAGACUCAGUUAGCCCUACAACUGUGUCUUACUGUGCAAGUACCGGAAAGUGAAGGAGGUGCUGCAGCUGCUGCUGUUUAUAUAUGUACUGAGGAUACUUUUCCAUCAAGACGUCUACAGGAAUUAUUAACACAAUCGCAGUUGUCAAAAAAAUGUUGUACAACAGGUGAUUCCAUAUUUGUAGAACAUGUGGCAACAAUGGAAGAAUUGGAAGUUUGUGUUAUCCAAAAAAUACCACUGCUUAUAAAUUCAAGAAAAAUUGGGUUGCUUGUGAUUGAUUCAAUCGCUGCUCCAUAUCGGGCAGAAUAUAAUGAUAAUGAAUUAAAAAAAAGAGCUAAGAGUUUGAGAAGUAUUGGACAUCAAUUGCAUAAAUUUGGUAGUGAUUAUACUAUUUCCGUCGUUUGUAUCAAUCAGGUAUCAGCAGUAAUUGGAAGUAAUAUCCAGGAAGACAUUCAUAAAAAACAGCAACCAACAUUAGGAAUUAUAUGGGCAGGAAUGAUAACAAAUUCAUUGCAAUUAUACAGACAAGGAAAACGCCGUUAUGCCUGCAUGGUGGUAUCACCCUACUUGCCCAGAAAUGUAUUAGAAUUUCGGAUCACAAGUGCUGGUGUAACUGGAAUCACUUAAGAAUGUAAAGUGCUUUUAUGGUGGCAAUAAAUGGCAGUGAUUUUUCAAUGUA